GUUGUAAUUGGUGACAGCGGCAGUACGAACUGUCAGUCCAGUAUAAAGUUGAACAACUAGCAAUUUUUUUUAUAAAUUGUGAAAAUAUUCAAAUUCCUGAGGCUUCCACCUUUAGGAGAUCAUCAUAAUGAUUCGGUUCAUACUGAUUCAAAACAGAGCUGGUAAAACAAGAUUAGCCAAAUGGUACAUGAAUUUUGAUGAUGACGAGAAGCAAAAAUUAAUUGAAGAAGUUCAUGCUGUAGUAACUGUUAGAGAUGCCAAACACACAAAUUUUGUAGAGUUUCGUAACUUCAAGAUUGUGUACAGACGUUAUGCAGGACUUUAUUUCUGCAUAUGUGUGGAUGUAAACGACAAUAAUUUAAGCUAUCUAGAAGCAAUACACAACUUCGUAGAAGUCCUGAAUGAAUAUUUCCACAACGUAUGUGAAUUAGACCUAGUAUUUAACUUCUACAAAGUAUAUACUGUGGUUGAUGAAAUGUUUUUAGCAGGAGAAAUAAGGGAAACUUCACAAACAAAAGUUUUAAAACAGCUAUUAAUGUUAAAUUCUCUAGAAUAACUGUUUUUAUUGGUGAUGUUAUGGUUUUGGGAUUGUUUCUGGUUAAAAAACUAUUGAAUUGAAAGUUACACCAUACUUCAAUUGGAUAUUCUUUCUAUAUUCUUGUAAAAAAUUCUGGUUGAUGUAAUCAAAAGGGAAAAAAAUUGGUAGAUCAAAAAAUGAACACCCUAAAAAGGGAUCUUCUAUUGCAUAUAAAAACAUUAUUUUUUUAUUGUGAUAUAUCCAGUAUUUUAUUGCUCCAUUCUUCUAUUAGUGUAAUCAGGAUAUUAAUUCGGUUAGGGCUGGAACAGCGUUGGAUUAAGAAGUAGUUGCACCUGGGGCUAAAAUCGACCUGGGGCUUACUUAAGGAAAUCAAAGAUUAUUAUAUAGAGUAAAAAAUUAGUGUUUGAAUUAAUUAUACUAAUUGAUUCACUUUAUUUAAAUUUCCAAACAAUUUUGCUGUAGAUCCAGUAUUGCUUCUAAAAUAAAUGAUCAAAUUAGUAAUUUUGAGGGGCCCCUAUGUGCUCAUGGCCUGGGGCUUCAGCCCCGGCUAGACUCUCCCUAAAUCUGACACUAGAUUAGAUGGUUAGAUAAAGUUUCAAACUGCUAUUUCCAUUAGAGGUGUGACAUCGAUUAAUAUAGUUGUGGCUGAUUCCUUUUUUUUUCCUGAAAUUGUGAUCAUCCAUUAUUUCAAUGGUCUCACUUAGAAGAAGAUGUCCCAAAUAAACUGUUGAAUUUGUGGUAUUCUUUCUUAAGCAACAAAUUGAUUAGUUAUUUGUGGUAAAGUGUGGAAGCACCAAGACUAGCUACGCCACUAAUACUAUUCACUGCUAACUUUUAGUAAGUUAUACUAUUCAAGUAUAUUAGGGUGAUUCAUUUCCAAAAAAAAUAACAAUCUACAUAUAGAAAAAAAAUUCUCACCAAGUUUGAGCUAUUAAUAUCAAUUUUAAAUACUUAGGAUUUAAAUAUAAAGUUUUAUCAUUCAAAAUGCAUUUUUUUUUCAAAUUUCUAAUACUCACUUUUCACACCACCAAUAGGAGAAAUAAUUUUAUUUCAAAAACUAUGCUUUAACGACUCUUAUUAGUAAACAGAGUUACACAAAACGAUUUCAAAGGACAUAAAAUUCCCCACAAGAUCCAUUAAACUGAUUAGCAUUAUUGUUAAAAGUGAAUAAGUAUUUGAACUUUGAAAAAAAAUCCAUUUUAAACUUUAUAUUUAAAUUGUAAGUACUUGGAAUUGAUAUAAAGGGCUCAAACUUGGUGAGAUUUUUUUUUCUAAAUGUAGAUUAAUAUUUUGCUUGAGCACAGAAAAAAAAAUUUUUUUUUGGAAGUGAAUAUGCUUAAAAACUUUCAAACCGUAUAUUGUAAAAUUGUCUAACUUUUCAAUAUUCAUAUUUCCACUGAAUUUUCAAGUAAUAAAAUUUGCAUGGUAAAUGUAACUUAAGCUUCAUUAUAACAACCUAUAUUUUAAAUAUUUUUUAUAACAAAAAUUCAUACAGUGAAAAUUAAUAUAAUAAAUUUUCAAAAUUAUUAGAAACGGCAACUAAUGGUACAAUAUUAUCUAAUUAACUUGUAAAUACUGUUAAGUGGUUUAAAAGUUCAAAAAAAUUGCGUUUUAUCAAAACAUUAUUUUUUCCAUGAAACUCUUAUUUUUUUUCAUCAAAUCUGCAGAUUGUUCCUUUAAUUUAAAAUUAUAUAAUUGUCUUCAUGUUAAAGUCGAAUCUCCCAAGUAAUUGUGACAAAAACUGGAUUUACAACAUUUAACAACAUAAUUUAGUCAAAGUUGUAAUAAGAUCUAUUCUACUUUUUCAUUAGUCUAUUUAAGAGCAUUUACAAAGGUAUUGGGAUGGAUAUCUAUUGGACAUUCAGGCGUCAGUCGGCGUUGUGCUACAGCCACGUAAACAUGUCCGCUAUUAUCCGCCAAUGUGAUUCGUUUUCUACAGGCUGAAGGCCAUAGUGCUGCAGAAAUCCAUCGGAGAAUGGUGUCGAAAAUUUAAAGAUGUGCAUGAAGGGGGCCAAGGACGUAAAUCUGUCGUUUUAGAUGACCUGAUUCAACAAGUUGACCGAAUGGUUAAAGAAAAACCGCAGAGUCACCAUUACUGCUUUUUCUAAGUAAUUUCCAGAAGUUUCAAGGUCUGUUUUGUACUCUACUUAAAUUCAAUGGUGGCAAAAGUAACCGUAGGUACCAACCUUUUGGUAAUAAAAUUAUUGUUUUAUAUGAACUUUUCAUUCAUUUAUAGCCUGUCGGAGGUUAAAAAAAACAGCCCUUGUAUUAAGUAUGUACUUAUUAGAUCCGCAAAUAUAGGGGUCGUAUUUUUUUAAUCUGCUAUUGAAGGAAACAGGUAUAAGGAGUUUUUACUGUAAAUUAAACUUCCUCCUCCUUCUUUCGUUACAAUAUUUACUAUGUUUUUUGCUUGCUCGACCGAAAUACAGUAGUGAGAAGUAUAUUUUCUUUGUCUGCUCUUUUUGUAAAUGUCUUCUUACGUCAUCUCACUUCUAAAUCUGGUGGGAAGUUUUUUUUGGUUAAUAAUAUUAUCUAAUGUCAAAACUUUUUGGUGAAUCCAGUUUGGAAUCUUUUUCAUCAUUCUAUUUGGGAUUGAACACAACCUAUGUUUUGAUCUAUGAUCAGUUUUUACUAAAAUAAGCUACUGACCAGUAAAAAAUUAAAUUUUGAAAUCUAUAGAUUACAAAUAUAUAUAAUUAUUAUCUUAUUUAUUUAUUGUAAUAAUAAAACAAUAAUAAUUAUGAUUAACUGGUUAAAAUAUACAAAAACAAACUUGGUAGAUAUCACCAUUAUCAUAAUAUCAUAUCUAGGAAUAUACACAUUAAAUACCAAUCUUUAGAUAAGAUAUAUAUAGAUUUUUUUUAUAUUUUUUGUUGUUUUAAUGCACAACAUAUAGCCCAGGAGGAAUCGGCGCAUGAGUACCUCAAUUUUUUUAUACGAUCCUCUUCAAAUUACUCUAAUAAUAAAAAUUUUUGUUGCCAUACAGCAACCCCAUACCAUAUUGUUCAAACAAUUGCAAGGUAUUGUUAUUUUUCAACAGAACAAAUUUUUUUAUAUCCUUUAUUGAAAAACAAAUAAAAAAAGGUUCUAUGACUUUUCGCGAUAAGGUCAAUAAUUUUAGAGAUACGAAUUUUUAAGAGUUAAAAAAAUCUCAAAUUUAGGUAGUUUUAGCCCAUGAAAAAUAUAUAAAAAAAAUAAAUUGAAAACAAUUUUUUUUCUAAUUUUGUAUUCAAAAGUUAAUAACAUUCUUAAUAGAGAUUUAAAAAAUUUCAUUGUUUAUAUCUGUUUUUUUUAAUUUUAAUUUCACGCCCUCACAAGUGUAUGUCUCUUUAAGUAUCGCCGUCUCUCUCUGACUCAUGCCCUCUGUGUCUUGAAUGAUUUAUCUUAAAAACUAUUAACUUUAUCAAAAUUGUUAAUAACAGCAAUGUCAAUAAUAAUUAAAUUGUCUACAAUUGGACACCUAAAAAUUGGAGCUGCAGCAUCAUACCAAGUUACUACAAACAAUAGAACAAUAAAAACAAUAAAACUAGCAGCAGCAUGUUUAGCAACAUGAAAGAUGAAAUAAACAGUGUGCUUGCAAUGACUUGUGUUAUAUUAACAUCUAUAUUAAUUUUAUUAAUAAAAAUUGUGGAACGUGUAGUAGAAUCUGUAAUUAAAAUGUAAUAUUGAUGAGUUCCUACUAGUAUUAUUAUUGAUUUUUUUUUUCAAUAUAUUUUUCAUGGGACAAAAGUACCCAAAUUUGAGUUUUUUCGAACAUCUAAAAAUAUUAACUUUAUCGCAAAAAGUCAUAGGACCUUUUUUAUUUUUAUUUAAAUAGAGAAUAUAAAAAAAAAUUCUUGAUUUGAAACAUAACAAUGCAUUGCAAUCGUUUAAACAAUAUGGCUUCUUCAUGGCCAGUAGGGCAAUUCGAAGAGGAUCGCAUAAAAAAAUUGAGGUGGAAUAGUUUUCGAUAUUCAUGCGCUGAUUCCUCCUGAAAUAAUAAGCUUGAUUCACAUUGUUUUUAAAUCCAGGUUUGAUUUGUACAAAUUUACUUGUAUUGAUAAUUAACAUUCUGAAGCCCAUUUGAACAUAGCUCGUUUUUCUUUGGUCAUAUUUUAGUAGGAUUGGUUUAUCAUUUAAAAUAAUUAGUUCAAGGUUUGUUUACUUAAUUAGAUCGAUAGACUUGCGAUGCCAUGUCCAAAAUUUCUUUCAUUUCGAGACAUGUGCAGCUAUAGAGGAGUUAAAUGCAAAGAACAUGCUACCUUAUCAGAUUGCUGAAUAUUUUCAUUAUUAAAAUAUUCGAAUUUAUUUAAAAUAACUUGCUGUGUUUGUACAUCAAAUCUUUAUUAUUAAAUUCAUACCUUAAUUCUCACUACUCUGUGCAAUUUCAUUGUCUUCAUUCGCGCAUGGUCUAAAGAACGCCAUAUCUCUAUUUAUUUAAAGAAAUUAAUGAAUUAAAUGAAUCUCACCGCAGGAAUAUUUCGAAGAAAUUGCAUACAUACGCCUUCCGACUGCUUCGGCCAAUAGAAAUGAAUUUAUGUUUACGAUUCGAUGUUUCAUUGGUAAACAGUGGAGAUUAUGAGACCAUGUGGACUGAUGGUUUGUUAGAUGUUUACCGAAUUUGAUACGGGUAGUAAACAUUAUUUUUAAUUUCUCAAUUUGGGCGUAUUUAUGAAAUAUUGAUUGUUCCUCGCAUAAUUGUCUUCUGCAAUUGAUAUUGGAAGAACUAUACCACUCUUUAAAACCUUACUCUACAUGCCACUUCGCCUCUAAGUAUUUUUUUUUAAUUUCUGCUCCAAAUUUUUUUUCUAAAACUAUUUUGUACUAGUUUCUCUCGUUUAAUAUUAUUCUCCAAGAAUUAUAAUUGUCUAAAUGUUUCAGUUUUUUAUGAAUAGUUUUUUACUUCGAGUAUGAAAAAAUUAUCUACUUGGAUUUAAAAACAAUGUGUGGAUUAAAACGUUUUUAUUUAUAUAAUAACUUUAAAGUCUGUAACACACAAGACACGUUGUUAAUAAAUGUAUAUUGUACAGUACGUUAUCAGUUUUACUUUCUAGAAAGUUAACAUUUUAUUUUUUUAUGAAUCUUGUGUGCAACUGGCUAUUUUAAAUCUUGAGUUUAUAUAUUUUGAUUUAAGCUAAUAAUACUCAAAUGACUUUAAAUGUAUAGUAUUAGAUACCCCCUUUACUCGAAUUCCAAAUAAAUGUAAUACAGUUCAAAGAUUUAAAGUUAGUAAAUGGGAAGAAUGUUUUUAAAUACUUGUUUUUUAAAUCUCCAUAUAUCUUUAUUGUAAAUUUUUUUAUUUAAACCUCCUGCACUGAAUAAAUGUGAUUUCACGAAUAGUUGUAAUAAUUAUUACACUUGUUUAUAAAAAAUUACGAGAAAUAUUUUUAAAACCGAAUGAAGUCUAGGCUUUUUGAUUAUAAUUACAGAAUUUAAGUAACUGUUUGAAUCGAAUGAGUAACAAAGUUAUUUUUUAUUUAAAUUUCGCUACCCUCUAAUAUGGUCUUAUUUCAUGUCUCGUUUAAAACUAUUUUGUCUUAUGCAAAUAACAAAAAUUCCCGGAAAGCCAAAUAUUGAUGGAGAGUUGGGGUUUAUUAUUACAAAUGAAAUUUUAAGAAUCCCUAUUGAUCUCAUGUGUGCCAUAAAAGUUAUUCGGGAUCAAAGGUCAAUAUUUGUGGUGUUUUGGAUUUUUCUAAGGUUUUUUCAAAUAAAAACCUCAAACCAAAGUUUUCGAUUUUAAAAUUCUCUACAAAAAUUGACUAGGGUAGGUACUCGACGCGUUUUUUUACUGUGGUUUCUCCCGUAGCCCUACUCAACUAACUGUCAAUUUAAGGGAACAAUACCCGUCAAUAUUUAGAUAUUACCUUAUUGAUUAUUGGGUUAACUAUUGUUUCGAUUUCUUUAGAUAUUUUAAUCAGAUAUUCUUGAAAGUAUACUUCAACAGUCAUGUCUUCUUCGAUUUCCUCUUCUUCCUCUUCUAGAUGUUCAUAAAUUGUUCAAAUGUGACUGAGUCACAGGAAUCUUCCAGUAUGGUACUCAACUGGACAUUUGAUCAAGACUGACCUUGGCAAUUAGUACACCCUGGAGAACACAGCAACCCGACUAUUUUAUAGCCACAUUUGGCACUACAUCCUUUUUUGCAAUUCCAAAAAAUAGUGUUAAGGAUUUUUCUGGACCAGUUGGGAGUAAAGUUUUAAUCGGUUCCAGAGUAUUAUCUAUUAAUUUCCAACCCCAGUCUUCUGGGUUCAUUUGAUUGCCUAGCCAUGUUUGAACUUGUUUGGAUGCGUAUUUUUUACCAAAGUUAAGUAUUAGUAUUUAUCUAUGCAAAUAAAUUUUUUGGAACUCCAUAAACCGCAAUAAUAAAGCGAAUUCCUUCCGUAAUCAGGGCAGUCAAUCAAAUCUUUUUUUUUUUUCGAAUAAUUUAAAUACCGACGUUUUGCCCCUUUUGUACAUUGCUGAUGACAUUUUUUCGAGCUAUAAAAUAGCACAAAUAACCUAAAUGGUAGCCGUUCAUAAUAAAUACGUAUACUCAGUCGAAAAGUUUUGAAGCAAGAAUUUGAAUCUUUCUAAUGACUUUUUCAGCCUGAAUAUUUCGAAUCCCAUGCCACCAAGAAAUCGAGAAUGCUGUGAUGAUUGCUUUUCAUUUUACUAGCAACAUAAAGCAAUCCAAGGAGAGCUUUUAUUUCAUCUCUAUCCGUUGGUCUUUCUGAUCUGUUCAUUUCUGAGUAUUGCUUCCUUUCGGUCUCCAUAUUUGUGUGUGCUACCAUAUUUUAUAUCAUAUCAUCUGAGAUAAAUAAAGACCAUAUUUUAGCUACUACUGCCUUUUGUUUAGCUUCUCCUUUUACUCCCGGCAUCUGAGUUAUAAUGUUGUCAGCAGGAGUUGUGAUGUUUGGACAUUUUCCUAAAUCUAUCUUCCAUCUGGUGAAAUCUUUUGAUAUGAAGCAAGGCUCACGAUGUUUUCUGCUGUCACUAUCAUCAGUUUUUUCAAUUCCAUCUGAUUCAGCUUAAUCCCAAAGAUGCUGGAGUCUUUUCUGAUCGUCUUCAUAACACUCUGAAGCCAUUUUCUUCAAACAAUUCUAAAUAAAUAAUAGGAUACGUAAUUGAAUUAGUAAACAUAUUUCAAAAUAAAUUUUUGACUUACUAUAUUUUCACUGAAGCUAACGUCAGUCUGUAGGACCGAACACGUGUCAAAACCACUGACACGUUUGACAGAUGCAAUCCACAAAUUGUAAACUCUCGGUCUCUGAGACGGCAUGUUAGCUUUAGGAGGUUAAACAAUGUUUCAUUUAUACUAAUUUAUUUCAGUAUGUCUCAAAGUUGGAAAACAAUUUAAAAUAUAUAAAAAAACUCACAAUUUAAAUUUCUUAAUAAAAGUUUAUGUUUAAUAUAAAAAUUACCGUAGUCAAAUCGUCGUGUUUCUAUACAAAUCUAAACAUGGAUUUUCAUCUUUUAUUUUUGGAAAAUAUUCAAUUCUCAUAUAUUUUUCAAAAAUUAAAUAACUACUGAUACGUUAUCCUGGGUUCCUUCAUAUUCAAGUUGAUUAUACAUAGUCAUUCUAUUAAUUUUUCUAUUUUUAUCGAUAUUAAUUAAAAAAUUAUAUAAAUUCAUCAUUUUACAACUCACUAUGUCUAAAACUCCUAUUUCCACUACACUUUCGCGUUUUCUUUUUAUAAACGUUAACCUAACCUAUGUCAAAGUCAAAUAGUUUUAAAGAAAAUUAUAUCUGCAACCAAUCAUGCACACUUGUAUAUUAUAUUGCCUAAAAUACACGUGGGAAAUAAUAGGUUGGUUCAAACCUGCUAGUUUGGAACAAUUAUUGUAAGUGUUUAAAUAAUAUAUUCUGCGCCAUCUCCUCCCAUGCACGGUUCUUGUGGGUUCCUACAUGUUCUCAAGCUGGUUAUACAUCGUCAUUGAAUAAAUUUUUCUCUCUUUAUCGAUAUUAAUUAACAAAUUAUAUAAAUUUAUUAUCAUUUAACAAAUCACUAAAACUAAUAUUUUCACUUCACGCCCUCAAGACUUCUUUUUAUAAACAUUAACCUAACUUAUUAUGUCAAUGUCAAAUCGGUUUGACGAAGGAUAUAUCCACAACUAAUCAUGCACACUUGCAUAUUCUGUUGCCUAAAAUACAUUUGGGAAAUAAUAGGUUUGUUCCAACCUGCUAGUUUGGAACGGUUAUUGGAAGCGCUUAAAUGAUAUAUUCUGCGUAAUCUCAGGCUCUGCACGGGUCUUGUGGGUUCCUUCAUAUUCUUAAGUUGGUUAUACAUCGUCAUUAUAUCAAUUUUUUCUCUUUAUCGAUAUUAAUUAACAAAUUAUAUAAAUUCAUCAUCAUUCAACAACUAAUAUUUUCAUCUCACACUGUCAAGAUUUCUUUUUAUAAACAUUAACCUAACUUAUUAUGUCAAUAUCAAAUAGUUUUGACGAAGGAUAUAUAUGCAACCAAUCAUGCACGCUUGUAUAUUCUGUUGCCUGUAACACCGUCCCAAAAACGGUUCACAAACGAUACCUGGGUUGCAACACAAAACAGAAUCAUUCGUAUAACGGUAGCUGCCCGAUUGGAAACGUAAUUUCUAUUGCGCAGAAUCGUCAUCGAACCAAGGACGUUUUUUGAUGGGUUGGAACGAACCUGAGAGAUUUGAUUCUGAAUAAAUUUAGGAACAUUUUCAAAAUUAUUGUUCACAUCGAUUCAACCAGUUAUAGCGGACUAUUCUUAGAGAUUAAAACUUCGGUUAGUUUAGUCAUUGUUAUGAAUCUAUCUACCAACAUAAAACUAACCUCCAAUUGGAAAUAUCAGUUUCCCGCGAUAAAUAUUCUGUUUUGGUGGAGUGAAACGUUCAAUUUCUAAUUACCUUUAAAUCUUUAAACACUAAAAUUAUGAGCAAUGUAUGACAUUCCAUAAAUAUUAAUUGUACGAACCUCAGUUUCUUGGUCAUAGUUUUCUUUAAAUUGCCAAAAAUUUUUAAAUAAUGAUUUUCAACAUUUUGAUUUAAGAUACUGAGGUGGAAUUAUGUCUCAAAUUAUUUUGUUGCAUUAUAAGUAUCAAAUAAAUGUAGGUUUGUUUAAA